GGUUAGUAACAGGAAGAAAUUGACAAGAGGAAAAUAUCAUCUCAAGGCUAAGAUUUAAAAUUUCAAUGUUUAAUGGAAUUUAGGGAGUAUUAUGGUCCUAAUCAGUAGGUGGUGGUAAUGCACCUAAAAGUUCGCCAUCAAACGCCAAGAAGAAGAAGAAGAAGAAGAAGAAGGAAGUUCAAGGGUCCGUUCUUCAUCUGUCUCAGCUGGAUUUGAUUGUUGACGAUUUCUCUUGAUCUGGAUCGGUUGGUUCUUCGAAGUUCAUCCCGGAGUUGUUAUCAUAUUAACAGUAAAAUGUCAGAAGCCAGAGUUUCUCAGGAUGAGUUCUUGUGUCCAGUGUGUCUGGAUCUCCUGAAGGAUCCAGUGACCACUUCCUGUGGACACAGUUACUGUAAGAGCUGUAUUACAGGCUGCUGGGAUCAGGAGGAUCAGAAGAGAGUCUACAGCUGCCCUCAGUGCAGACAGACCUUCAGUCCAAGACCUGCUUUAUCUAGAAACACCAUGCUGGCUGAAGUGGUGGAGAAACUAAUGAAGACCAGACUCUCUGAUGACUGUGAGGCUGGAGCUGGAGAUGUGCAGUGUGACGUCUGUACUGGAAGAAAAUACAAAGCUGUCAAGUCCUGUCUGGUGUGUCUGGAAUCUUACUGUCAAACUCAUUUUGACCGUCAUGAGGAGUUUCAUUCACGUAAGCCGCACAAAGUUAUUGAAGCGACUGGACGACUGCAGGAGAUGAUCUGCCAGAAACAUGAGAAGAUCCUCGAGGUUUUCUGUCGCACUGAUCAGAAGUGUAUAUGUGUGCUGUGUACGAUGGAUGAACAUAAAAAUCACGACACUGUAUCAGCUGCAGCACAGAAGACAGAGAAACAGGAGCAGCUGAAGGAGACACAGAAGACGCUCCAGCAGAGAAUCCAGCAGAGAGAGAAAGAUCUCCAGCAGCUGAGAGAGACUGUGGAGUCUCAUAAGCGCUCUGCACAGACAGCAGUGGAGGACAGUGAGAGGAUCUUUACUGAGCUCAUCCGCUCCAUUGAGAGAAGCCGCUCUGAGCUGAUACGACUGAUCAGAGAUCAGGAAAAGACUGCAGUGAGUCGAGCUGAAGAACGACUGGAGCGACUGGAGCAGGAGAUCAAUGAUCUGAGGAGGAGAGACACUGAGCUGGAGCAGCUUUCACACACACAGGAUCACAUCCAGUUCCUGCAGAGUUUCCAGUCUCUCUCAGCACCUCCUGAAUCUACAGACGUAAAUGAUGAUCUCUUCAGUUCUCUCAUCUCUUUUGAUGAUCUGAGAGAAUCUGUCCAUCAGCUGAGAAACAAACUAGAGGAUUUCUGCAAAGAGGAGCUCAAGAGGAUCUCAAACAGAGAAACAUUCACCAACAUUGUUCCCAGAACCAGGAAGGACUUCCUACAAUAUUCCCGUUACUUCACUCUGGAUCCAAACACAGCACAUAAACGACUCCAUCUGUCUGAGAACAACAGAGUGAUUACUGAGACUGGCUCAAAGCAGCCGUAUCCUGAUCAUCCAGACAGAUUUGAUGGUUGGUCACAGGUGUUGUGUAGAGAGAGUUUGUGUGGACGCUGUUACUGGGAGAUUGAGUGGAGUGGAGAUGUGGAGAUAUCAGUGUCUUAUAAGAGCAUCGGCAGGAAGGGAUAUGGUAAUGAGUGUAGGUUUGGAUAUAAUGAUCAGUCCUGGAGUUUGUUCUGUUCUUCCUCCAGUUACUUAUUCAGACACAAUAACAUAGUGACUGUUCUCCUUGUGAAGUCCAUCAGCAGUAGAAUAGGAGUGUUUGUGGAUCACAGAGCAGGAACUCUGUCCUUCUACAGUGUCUCUGACACAAUGAGCCUCAUCCACACAGUCCAGACCAUAUUCAUUCAGCCGCUCUAUCCUGGGUUUACUCUUGGUUCUGGAUCAUCAGCAAAACUGUGUUGAUGAAUGAGAAUAGACUGAUGAAUGAUUCUACCCAUAAUGCUUUGAGCUGCAUGAUAAAUCAUUAAAUGGGGGGUGAAAUGCUAUUUCAUGCAUACUGAGUUUUUUACACUGUUAAAGAGUUGGAUUCCCAUGCUAAAC